AACCGUACCAAAACAUAACCUCCCGCGCGUACGUUAUCAUACUACCCAUUAUACUACCGCACAUGUCAAAUAUAAAAGCGGGGGUAAGAGUCAGAGGAAUCUCGGAUUAACAUGCCUAUAGAUCCAAGUCCAGAUUUUUUCUGUUUUGGUUGGAGGAAUCUGCUUGAACAUUCAAAGUGGCUGGAGAUUCCGAGUCGGGAUUAUAUUUUGUCGACACUUCUUCUAUCAAUUUUAUAUUUCCGGAAUAAAUUUGGGAUUUGUUUUACUUUUAGCGUACCAAUUUACGUCAUUUCCAUAUUUACAAUUUGUAUGUAUGAUGGCUUACUCCAGUUCUUGUGAAAGCAGCAACUUAGCACCUUCAGAAUUUGAUUUGGCAAAUUCACUAGAAAGCUCCUCUGGUCUUACUGUUGCAAUCGAAAGAUGUCCUUUAUGUGAUGGCAGUAAGCGAUCAGUUUAUUGUAGAGAUUGCGUAAAUGGUGGAUAUUUUAUGCACUCGAAAGGAAGCCACCCAGAGAGAUACAGAGAAAAGAUACAUAAACUAGAAUUACUACGGAAAGAAAGACAAGGAAGACUGGAGAGGGUACAGGAUGCUUUGAAAUAUCAUAUUAAAAGAGACAAAAAAAUGAGUGAAAUUGAAAAAUGCAAGGAGAGAAUCAGUCUUCUAAAAAUGGCCCUUGCUGCAGCCAAAGAAAAGAAGAGAAAAGGAAAAGAAGUAUUUGACAAACAGAAGAAAGACAAUUACUUGAGAGUUGUCAAAGGUCGAAAACAUGAAGAAAAGAAAAAACGCAUUUGUUCAUUCAUAGAAACUGUGAGGGUAUCUAAUGAAGAGAAAGUUAAGCUUUGUCUUCAAAAGAAGAGAGAGCUAGCAGCAGAAAGGAAGAUCCAUGUGCAGAGACUGGUGGAGUUUAUUUUCCAGGUCCAGGAAGUUGCCCUUGUGAGUGAAACAGACUCCAUGGCUGUGAGCACAGUGAGCGCACUCAGAGAUGCCAGUCACACAGCGUAUGUUAGAGGACAAUGGGUGUAUACGGAUGGUAGUGGAGAGGCACAGUACAGAAUUGUGGAGCCCACCUUACCGUGCAGCGGGGACUAUUCUGCAUAUAACUUGUGGGUGGCUGCUAGUCAGGAAAAUGGUGGGAACCUUGAUAACAGUUUAACAAAUCCAGGGCAUAGAAUUAGUGCUGGCUUGUGUUAUGCCAGUCAGAUGACGGCUGUGCUUAGUUAUAUACUGGACAUUCGUCUCCCUAGAAAACAGCCUUACAGUGAAUUUUGUACCAAUGGAAUAACGGAGAGGCAGUUCAAACACAGUGUUGCCUGUCUAAACCAAAACAUCUUGUACAUGUGCUUCUCCCAGAACGUUUCUAAUCCAGAAAGGUUAGACCCCAGGAAUACUCUUCAGAACAUUGUGGUGCUACUGUCAUGUCCCUCACUGGGAAGAAACUCCAACUUUGAAAUUGACAAGGAACUAAUGGCUUCCAUAGAGGACUCGAUUAUAAUCCAAGAAGAAGAGUCAGACACUGGUGGAACGGAAGAUGAACUGAUCAGUGACUGGGAGCAAGUGUCAGAAGAUGUGGCGGAUAUGUCGGAUGUUCCAGCUCGAACAGGAUACAGCAGCACAGUAUCCAACAUCCAGACCAUGUCUUAUCCGGGCCAGAUUCCAGAACAAUUGACAGCCAGUGGAUUUGUCACCACUGCUGCCACUUCUUUCAUGUCAUUAUUCAGAGGAGGUGACCAGAAGAGCUGAUAUCAGGGAAUGUUUCAAAGGUUGCAAUAUAAAAAUGCAGUAUUCAUACCCCUGCAGUAAAAUUGUUGAGGUAUUCUGAAAUCACCAUGUCCAUCAGUUUAUAUGACCAUCUGUACAUCUGUACAAAUGUAGAUGCAAUUUGAAGGACAAUGUUUAGGGGCGAGAUCAAAAGAUUGAUGUCGGAUAAAAAUCUAAAUUCAAAUAGUUAGGGGAGGGUAUAUGAAAUCUCCUGUAAGUUUCUGUCAUCGGACAUCGAUUACACUUUAGUGGAAAAAGAAAAAAGACAAGUGACUGUUAAAAACCACAUAAUAAUAUUACAUGUUAAUGAACAUUUAAUAGUUUUAAUGUACAUUUUCAUUUGUGAAUAAACAGUAGAAAAGGUAUACAGAAUGUUAUUUAUAAUCAUAUGUUUUUACUUUCAUCAUAUUUUGUUUUAAAGGUGGGAGGAGGGGGGGGGGGGGUCUUGGUGAAAACUAUGUGAAUUUAGUUUUUUGUCAGACAUUGAACUUUUGAUCUUGCCCCUUAGGUCUACUGCCAGUUAAUUAAAAAAUGGCAUACUUGAAUGCCAUGUGUAAUGCAUGCUUCAGAAUGCAUUUUUUGCAUUUCAAGGUGAUAGAUUAUUACACUGUUAAGCUCUGUUGCCAGCUUAUCUCAAGUUGGAUGCAGUUCAAGCAUGUUCAAAUGGCACUGUGUGGAUGUCUAAUGGAGUCAUAUACAAUCCUGUAUAUGAUUGUAUAUGAUAUAUACAUAUAUAUAUGU